AUGAUGGCCCUCACAGUUGGCGUCUUGGCCCUUCAGGGUGGCUUCGCCGAGCACAUUGAGCUGCUCAACCGGGCUGCCGCGGGCAUCGUCUCCGAAGAUUUCACUUUUAAAGCCAUUGAAGUGCGCACCGUCCAGGAACUCGCUAGAUGCGAUGCCUUGGUGAUCCCCGGUGGCGAGAGCACUACCAUCUCCUUUGUUGCUCAGCAGUCGGGCCUAUUGGAGCCAUUGCGUGAUUUCGUCAAAGUCCAGAAGAAACCUGUCUGGGGAACAUGCGCCGGCCUCAUCCUCCUCUGCGACGAAGCCAACGGCACCAAAAAGGGCGGCCAGGCCCUCAUCGGCGGUCUCAGCGUCCGCGUCCACCGCAACCACUUUGGCCGCCAGAUGGAGAGCUUCGCUACCCCCGUCGACCUGCCCUUCCUCUCUGGCGAAGGCAGCAGCAACCUUGACCAAUUCCCCGGCAUCUUCAUUCGCGCCCCCGUGGUGGAAGAGGUGCUCCCCCAUGGCGACGGGCCGGAGGUUGAAGUCUUGGCUAGACUUGCGAACCGGGGUGAUGCGGGAGAUAUCAUUGCGGUUCGUCAGGGCUCGAUUAUGGGGACGAGCUUUCAUCCGGAAUUGACGAAUGAUGCGCGGAUCCAUUCGUGGUGGUUGAAGCAGGUUAUUAGUGGUUUGUGA